CGGCGGCGGCGGUGGCGGUGGUGGUGGUGGUGGUGGUGAUGGAUGAAGUGUUGUUGUUGUUGGUGAUGGUGGUGUUGAUGGUCAUGGUUGUGGGUGUGGUGGCGGAGCAAUAGUAGUGACGUAAAAAAAUAGAUGGUGAUGGCGGUGGUGUUCGUAAUAAAUAGCCAAAGUUGUAGUACAGUGUAAGAAAUAUAUUUAUUAAUUAUUAUUAUUACUGUUGUUUUUUAUUGGUAGUAGUAGUAGUAGUAGUAGUAGUAGUAGCAGCAGUAGUAGUAGUAGUAGUAGUAGUAGUAGUAGUAGUAGUAGUAGUAGCAGUAGAAGUAGUAGUAGUAGUAGUAGUAGGAGGAGGAGGAGGAGGAGGAGGAGGAGGAGGAGGAAGAGGAGGAGGAGGAGGAAGAGGAGGAGGAAGGCCUAGAUAACGGUACAAGAAAUUAAGUUGCAACCCGCACUCUUUCACAGGUGCACACACACACACACACACACACACACACACACACACACACACACACACACACACACACACACACACACACACACACUUGACCGUUAGGAAGUCUGACUUGGCAUCCUCCUUCGUUUUGUCACGCACGGGGCUGUUGAAUCAUUCACUGGACGGCCCUACUAACAGCUCUUCCUGUAUCGAUUUUUUUUUAUAAUUUGUUGUUGUUCUGCUAUUUGUUCAGUCCUUACCUUUAUGUUAUUAAAUUCUUUUAUUUUAUUUUACGGUGAAGAAGACUGGCCAAUUUGAAUACUUUGUAGGACAAUUUCAUUUUAUGUAUUAAUUACGCCUCUCUCUCUCUCUCUCUCUCUCUCUCUCUCUCUCUCUCUCUCUCUCUCUCUCUCUCUCUCUCUCUCUCUCUCUCUCUCUCUCUCUCUCUCUCUCUCUCUCUCUCUCGACCUCUCCUGAGAGACGGACGUGACCUCACCCCGCUGCGGUCGCCACAGCCUCGCUUACCCGCGUUACCCGCCUUGUCAACCCUGCGUUUUCGUUGUGCUCUUGGGUUUGGGUUUGCUUUAACGUGUGUUUGUGUGUUCUUGCUUGUGAACCUUGUGUGUUGCUUGUGAUUUCCCGACGCGUGUUUCAUGUGUGUUCGUUUGUGGUUUCUGUGUGUGUCUGCCUGUGGUUGCCUCUGUGAUUUGUGUUUCCGGUGUUUUUGCGUGUGAUUUGGCUGUUUCCGAGUGUUCUACGUGGGUUUCAGAGUGUUUCGAGUGUUGUGUUGUGUUUUCGGUGUUUUUGCGUGUGAUUUGGCUGUUUCCGAGUGUUCUACGUGGGUUUCAGAGUGUUUCAAGUGUGUUGUGUUUCCGGUGUUUUUGCGUGUGAUUUGGCUGUUUCCGAGUGUUCUACGUGGGUAUCAGAGUGUUUCGAGUGUGUUGCUGUGUUUCUGGUGUUUUUGCGAGUGACUUGGGGGUGUUGAAUUGUGCUUAUGCUUAAGUUUCUGACUGUUUCUCGUUUGUUUCGAGUGUGUUGUUUGAUCCCGAGUGUUUUCACGCGUGAUUUGGGUGUGUCGGGUUGCGUGAGUUUCUCGUGUGUUUCUCGAGUGUUUUUUGCGUUGUGCUUGCCGACACCUCACCCUUUGAAUGCCUCUGAGGAUUAAAUCUGCUCCUCCUCACUACACUCUCUUUAAACCCCCUAGAGGAUUAACCCUUCCUACCCCCCUUUCCCUCACCUCACCUAAGCCCCCCCACCCUCGCUCACCUCACCUCUCUGCUUCUCCUCACUACAAAUCCCCUAGAGGAUUAGCCCUUCCUACCCCUCCCUCUCCUCCACAUAUUUCUAAGCCCCCCACCCCACCCCCCCUCGCUCACCUCACCUCUUUCCUGACCCUCCUUGAUCUCACACACAUCACCUCAGCUCUUUCCUAACCCUCCUUGAUCUCACACACUUCACUCACCCCCUCUCUUUCCCCCUCUUCACUCACCUCACAUCUCUUCCUACUCCUCCUGUCUCUCACUUUACCUCCUUUCCUAAACCCCCUCUCACUCACCUCAUCUCCUUUCCUAAUCCCCUUCACUCUGUGUUUUUAUAUCUUUCAUUUCAGGCAAUCAUUAAUCACUUUCAGCUAAGAUGGCGCCUAAGAAGUGCAAUACUUGUAACGGUACCUUCUCAGCUCACUUUUUUACAGGGCAUUCUGUUGUCUAUCGACUGUGUCUCUCCAGGCAGCAUCUCGAGACAAGACUGCAGGAGCAAGAAGAGAAGAUGGAAGCAGGUCAGAAUAAAAUAAUAGAGCUUUCUCGCACUGUUGCCUCCUUGCAGGAAUUCAUCCAGGCUAACGUUGCCGUGGUGCCAAACCCUUCUCCCACCGCCCCCUUGCCUUCAGCGGUACCGUCGACACCAGCGGACAACACCACGCAGCUGGAGGGUGGUAGUGGCACCGCCCAUGAUGGCUUCACCGUCGUGAAUGGAGGACCCAAACCAGCCAGACAAGCGAUUUAUCCUGUUCAUUGCUUCAACAGGUUUGCCAUUCUGGAGGAGGAGGACGAGCAGGAGAGCACCUUCCUGGUGGGUGACUCCGUGAUUCGCCAGCAGGUCGUUGAGUUCUGCGGCAGAGUUCCUCGUCGAAGACGGAACUAUUGCUAUCCUGGUGCUGGGAUCGACGAUAUAACUGCUCCUCUUGAGGAGAUCUCCCCCCAGGCUACUAAUGAUUCGCUGUUUGUUAUUCACACAGGUACGAACGACAUCACCACGACCCGGUCUGAGGAACUCCUGGACAAGUACCGUAGGCUCAUCCAGCAGUAUAAGUCUAAAUCCCCUAACAUUUUGAUUUUAGGAGUUCUACCACGGACGUGGGCGGAGAGCAACUUCUUCAGUAAGGCCUUCAGCCUAAACAACCGCUUACAGACUCUUUGUAGGGAGCUUGACGUGGAGUUCUUCAACGCAUGGGACAAUUUCUACGGACAGGGACAGGGACAGGGACAGAAUAUACCUGUCUCCCAUCGGGGCAGCCAGAUUCGGAAGGCUCCUCAACGACGCAGUACGUUACACCCGAUCAAAAAACGACCCUCAGCCACGUCCCUCCACCCCGCCCGUGUAAAUAGACACCAUGCAUCGCAACAAACCCGUAACCGUGAUCCCCCAAGUACCACCACCUCUAUUAUCAAGCCUCUAGAUAACUUAAAAAUCCUUAGUUUCAAUGCGCGUAGCCUAAGAAACAAAUUUGAUGAACUGAGAUGUCUUGCUCUAACAGAAAAUUUUGACAUAAUUGCAAUAACCGAAACAAUUAUCGACACCACAAAUAUUGAUUUAAGUUCCGAAUACAACUUAGAUGGCUACAGACUCUUCAACAAAGAUCGUGUAAACCGUAGAGGCGGUGGCGUCGCCCUUUUUGUCAAAAGCUAUUUGCAACUCACUGACAAAACACCAAGAGACAGUAACGUUGAACAUUUGUGCGUGCAAAUAAACAUUGCAAAAGUCAAUUUAAAUAUAUCUGUCACCUACAGGCCUCCCGGGCAAUCACUCGAUGACGAUCUUGAAAUGUACAGCGUUUUAAGGCAGUCACUUAAUAACAACGACUCACUGAUAUUAGGAGACUUUAACCUCCCCCAUAUCGACUGAGAUGUCUUGCUCUGACGGACAACUUUGACGUAAUUGCUAUAACCGAAACAUUUAUCGACACCACUAAUAUUAAUUUAAGUUCCGAAUACAACAUAGAUGGCUACAGAUUCUUCAACAAUGAUCGUGUAAACCGUAGAGGGGGUGGUGUCGCCCUUUUUGUCAAAAGCUACUUGCAACCCACUGACAAAACACCAAGAAACAGUAACGUUGAACAUUUGUGCGUGCGAGUAAACAUUGCAAAAGUCAAUUUAAAUAUAUCUGUCACUUACAGGCCUCCGGGGCAAUCACUCGAUGCCGAUCUUGAAAUGUACAGCGUCUUAAGGCAGUCACUUAAUAACAGCGACUCACUGAUACUAGGAGACUUUAACCUCCCCCAUAUCGACUGGGCGACACUGUCGGGUACAGAAGGUGAGUCCCAUAGAAUGAUCGAAUUUCUAGAGGAAAAUUAUCUAAGCCAAAUGGUUUCUGAACCAACUCGACAAAAUAACAUACUUGACCUUGUUAUAGCGACCCAAGAUAACCUAGUCAGUAAUGUCACGGUAGGAGAACACCUCGGUUCCUGCGAUCAUAAACUAGUGCGCGUUGACAUUAGAGCUCAAACAUCGGUGACUGAAAAUAAAGUAAAGGUGCCCAAUUUCAAAAGAGCCAACUUCGUAGAAAUCCGACAAAAACUAAUAGAUAUGCAACUAUCAGAUGACGGCAAUGUAGAGGACGCCUGGCUAAACUUUAAAAAUCACUUACUCACUCAGCAGGACACAUUUGUCCCCUUGUGCGAGAAGCGAAUUAACACUAAUAAAUGUCCACCUUGGUUUAAUAGCGAAAUUAAACACUCAGUCAAGGAGAGAAAAUUGUCUUACAGGUUAAAGAAAGACCAAAGCACGCCCGAAAACAUUAGACUUUACAAUGAU